AAACUAAGGUCUCUCCAAAACUCUUCUAUUAAUACGAAUCAGAAUCCUCAUUAAUCGACCAAACCAUAGAUUCUUCAAUUUCUAUUUCCCAUCACUAAUUCUUCUGCAAUGAGCGUUGAGAUCUUAGACGGCAAAACCAUCCGCCAGUUCGUGGAAGACGAGCCAGCCUUCAAUGCAUUCGUAGAACGCCACUUCGCUAGCCUCGACACCGACCAUGACGGCGUGCUCUCUUUCACGGAGAUGGCGAAGGAGCUUACGAACAUUCGGCUGCUGGAAGUCCACUUUGGCAUUGACGGCAAUCGGCCGAAACCUGAAGAGCUGGACGAAUUGUACAGAGGUAUAUACAAGAAAUUCGAUAGAGAUGGCGAUGAAAAUGUGGAUUUGGAGGAUUUUAGGGCGGAGAUGAAGGAGGUGUUGCUUGCGGUGGCGGAGGGGAUGGGAUUCAUGCCGGUUCACAUGGUGGUGGAAGAAGGAAGUUUUCUUAGGAUGGCUGUGGAAAAAGAGAGAGCUGACCUCUGACCUCUGAUUUGCAUGGUUGAUUAAUGCCGUUGUUUUGCAUUUUUUUUAUUGUUUGAAUUCUGUUAUUUUGCUUCAUUAUAGGAUAUGGAUUAAUUAUAUUUUUAAUUUGUUAUAUAUAUGACGUUAAUAUUGUAAUUGAUUUGCUUGGUGCGAGCUGCUUGAUGAACGAUUUUAGCAA